AUGAAACAUUCUAAGGCAAGGAAUGUUAUUGAGAGAUGUUUUGGACUAUUAAAAGGAAGGUGGGGUAUUCUUAGGACCCCAUCCUUCUUUCGAAUACGUACUCAUGGGCGUAUAGUUCAAGUAUGUGUACUAUUACACAAUCUUAUUCGAAAACAUAUGCCAACAGAUUACACAAUGUAUUGGGAUUCCGAUAGUGAAGAAGGUGAAAGUGAUGAUGAGGGCCUAGAUGAUGAAGUUGAGUUGAUUACUCAAAUAGCUACUACGGAUGCUUGGACUACUUAUCGGAAUAACUUAGCACAAAAUAUGUUUAAUAAUUGGAGACUUAGUCAUAGUAGCCAAACAUAA